CCAGAAUGCACAGUGAGACGCCGAAACACGACCAGCCUCAGGACGCGCCGCUCAUCAUGGCGAUGUAACGUCUUCUCCCUCAGACUCCACGCGAAGCGACAAAAGGAUUUUUUAUUUCUCCGCUGAAUGAGAACCGAGCAAGAAGCGCCGGUGCAGAGCGGAGAGCCGCAGCGGGAGGUUCAUUCCAGAUUGAAGGAAGAACUUGACUGAGCGUCAUGGCAGCGUCGGAGCUGUACACAAAGUCUGCUCGGGUUUGGAUCCCUGAUGCAGAGGAGGUGUGGAAGUCUGCCGAGCUCACCAAGGACUACAAAAAUGGCGACGCCUCGCUGCAGCUCAUGCUGGAGGACGGAACGAGCAUUGAUCAUAAGCUGGACCCCAAAACGAAGAACCUGCCUUACCUGCGGAACCCAGACAUCCUGGUGGGCGAGAAUGACCUCACUGCUCUCAGCUACCUCCACGAGCCCGCCGUGCUCCACAACCUUAAAGUCCGCUUCAUCGACUCCAAACUCAUCUACACCUACUGCGGAAUCGUUCUUGUUGCCAUCAACCCUUAUGAGACACUGCCAAUCUACGGCAGUGAAAUCAUCAAUGCCUACAGCGGGCAGAACAUGGGAGACAUGGACCCUCAUAUCUUUGCUGUGGCAGAGGAGGCUUACAAACAGAUGGCAAGGGAUGAGAGGAACCAGUCGAUUAUCGUGAGUGGAGAGUCCGGAGCAGGAAAGACUGUCUCAGCCAAAUAUGCCAUGAGGUAUUUCGCUACCGUCAGUGGUUCUGCCAGCGAGGCCAACGUAGAAGAGAAAGUUUUAGCAUCCAACCCCAUCAUGGAGGCCAUCGGAAACGCAAAGACCACACGGAACGACAACAGCAGCCGCUUUGGCAAAUACAUCGAGAUCGGCUUCGACAAUCGAUACCGCAUCAUCGGGGCCAACAUGAGAACAUAUCUGCUGGAGAAAUCCAGAGUGGUGUUCCAGGCGGACGAGGAGAGGAAUUACCACAUCUUCUAUCAACUCUGUGCAUCGGCUAAUCUGUCUGAGUUCAAGAAUCUGAGGCUAAGCAGCGCAAACGACUUCCUCUACACCAGGCAGGGUCGCAGCCCUGUUAUCGAAGGUGUAGAUGACGCCAAAGAGCUUUGCACGACUCGCCACGCCUUCACGCUUCUGGGUAUAAACGAGUCCUAUCAGAUCGGCUUGUUCCAGGUUCUGGCUGCUAUUCUUCACCUCGGAAAUGUGGAGAUAAAAGACAGAGAUUCAGACAGCAGCAUUAUUGCUCCCAACAAUCGGCAUCUGACGGCGUUCUGUGAGCUGGUGGGCGUGACCUAUCAGGACAUGUCCCAUUGGCUGUGCCACAGGAAGCUGAAGACGGCCACGGAGACUUACAUCAAGCCCCUCCCCCGCCUUCAGGCCACCAACGCUCGCGAUGCUCUAUCCAAACAUAUCUACGCCAAGCUGUUCAACUGGAUCGUGGAACACGUAAACAAGGCUCUGGUCACCAACGUUAAGCAACACUCUUUCAUCGGAGUCCUCGACAUCUAUGGGUUUGAAACCUUUGAAAUCAACAGCUUUGAGCAGUUCUGCAUCAACUACGCUAAUGAAAAACUCCAGCAGCAAUUCAACAUGCAUGUGUUCAAGCUGGAGCAGGAGGAAUAUAUGAAGGAGCAGAUCCCCUGGACGCUGAUCGACUUUUACGACAAUCAGCCCUGCAUCAACCUCAUAGAGGCUAAGAUGGGCAUCCUGGACCUGCUGGACGAGGAGUGCAAGAUGCCCAAGGGUUCGGAUGAUUCCUGGGCUCAGAAACUCUACAACACUCACCUGAAGACCUGCUCCCUGUUUGAGAAGCCACGCAUGUCCAACCGCGCCUUCAUUAUCCAACAUUUUGCUGAUAAGGUAGAGUACCAGUGUGAGGGUUUCCUGGAGAAGAACAAGGACACAGUGAAUGAAGAACAGAUCAAUGUGCUGAAGGCCAGCAAGAAGUUUGACCUGCUGGUGGAGCUGUUCCAGGACGAGGAGAAGGCAACCACCCCGACUGGUCAGGUUCCCGGUACCGGGGGCCGGACCCGGCUCAGCAUCAAACCGGACAAAGGCCGAGACAAGAGCAGCAAAGAGCACAAGAAGACUGUAGGCUGUCAGUUCCGAAACUCUCUCCAAAUGCUGAUGGAGACUUUGAACGCAACCACUCCACAUUACGUCCGCUGCAUCAAACCAAACGACUUCAAGUUGGCCUUCUCGUUUGAUCCUAAGCGAGCAGUGCAGCAGCUCAGAGCCUGUGGUGUUCUGGAAACCAUCCGCAUCUCUGCAGCCGGCUUCCCAUCCAGGUGGACGUACCAGGAGUUCUUCAGCCGUUACAGAGUGCUGAUGAAGCAGAAGGAUGUGCUCCAUGAUAAGAAGCUGACCUGCAAAAAUGUUCUGGAGAAAUUAGUUCAGGAUCAGGACAAGUACCAGUUUGGUAAGACUAAAAUCUUCUUCAGGGCCGGCCAGGUGGCUUAUCUGGAAAAACUGCGAGCGGACAAGCUGCGCGCCGCCUGCAUCCGCAUCCAGAAGACCAUCCGCUGCUGGUUGGCUCGCAAGAAGUUCCUUCGCCAGCGCAGCGCCGCCAUCACCAUUCAGAGGUUCACCAGAGGAUACCAGGCCCGCUGCUUGGCAAAGUUCAUGCGCCGCACCCAGGCCGCCACCGUCAUCCAGAAGUACCAGAGGAUGUGUGUGGAGAGGAAGCGCUACAGACAGAAGCAGGCCGCUGCUCUCGCCAUGCAGACAAUCCUCAGAGCGUACAUGGCCCGACAGAAGUACCAGGCGCUGCUGCGGGAGCAUAAGGCCAUAAUCAUUCAGAAGCACGUCCGCGGCUGGCUGGCCAGGUGCUGGUACAAGCGCUGCCUGGAGGCCAUCGUCUACCUGCAGUGCUGCAUCCGCAGGAUGAGAGCCAAGCGAGAGCUGAAGAAGCUGAAGAUUGAGGCCCGAUCAGUGGAGCACUUCAAGAAGCUCAACAAAGGCAUGGAGAACAAAAUCAUGCAGCUGCAGAGAAAGAUCGACGAGCAGCAUAAGGACAACCGGUUAAUAAGCGAGAAAUUGGUCACUCUGGAGAGUUCCUACGCAUCGGAGAGUGAGCGCAUGCGCGGGGAGCUGAGCCGGCUGCGCGGGGCGGAGGAGGACGCCAAGAACAAAGCCAACCAGGUGUUGUCUCUGCUGGAGGAGCUGGAGAGGCUAAAGAAGGAGCUGAGCGUCACCCAGCAGGAGAAGAAGACCAUCGAGGACUGGGCACACAAGUACAGGGACGAAAUGGAAAAGAUGGUGUCCGAGCUGAAAGAUCAGAAUGGACUGCUGAAGAAGGAGAAAGACGACCUGAACAGGAGGAUCCAGGAGCAGGGUCAGCAGAUGACGGAGAAAAUGACUCGUGCGAUCGCACAGGAGACUCAGCAGCUGGAGACGGAUCUGAACGAGGAGCGCUCUCGCUACCAGAACCUGCUGACAGAACACCUUCGCCUGGAGGAGAAAUACGAGGACCUGAAGGAGGAGUUUGCUCACUCCUCGAACGUCUCCAAACCCGGCCACAGGAGAACAGACUCCACCCACAGCAGCAACGAAUCAGAGUACACCUACAACUCAGAGUACGCCGAAUCGGAAGAGGGUCACCGUGCCGGCGAUGACGUGACGAGGGGGAUGGAUACCUCACUGACUCUAAAGCUGCAGAAACGGGUUACAGAGCUGGAGCAGGAAAAGCAGUCGCUGCGCAACGAACUGGAAAACAAAGAGGACCAGUUCCAGCGGGCUAGAGCCAGGGAUGAUGCACAGUUUAGAAAGGCCCGUGGAGCAGAGCUAGAGUAUGAGUCCCUGAAACGUCAGGAGCUGGAGUCUGAGAACAAGAAGCUGAGACACGACCUGGCAGAGAUGAGGCAAAGCCUGCUCGCUGACGCAGCCACAGGUGCCGGGGCACCGGGCUCGCCGGCUUACAAGGUGCUCCUGGACCAGCUGAACGCUUCCUGCGAGGAGCUGGAGGUCCGCAAGGAAGAGGUGCUGAUCCUUCGUUCCCAGCUGGUCAGCCAGAAGGAGGCCUUGCACCACAAGGAUGAGAAGGAGACGAUGACGGAGCCUUCAGUGUUCGCUCAAGAUGUGAACAAACUGAAGGACGCAGACGAGUUAAAGCAGGCCUACGUCGGUCUGAAAGACACCAACAGAUCUCCCAGGUCAAUGCUCCCGGUGGUGGAGGUACGGGAUCUCCUGAGUAGGCUGAGAUCCGCUGCUCCAGACCUACAUAAACUGAAUGAGGACGGGGAGCUCUGGCUGGUUAAUCAGGGCUUAAAGGAAACCAUCAGGUUACUGGAGCAGCAGCUUCAGACCCAGCGGCGAACGUAUGACAGCGAGGUGGAGUCGCUGCGCGGCGAGCUGCAGAACGUGAAAGAGGAGAACAACCGGCAGCAGCAGCUGCUGGCCCAAAACCUCCAGCUGCCUCCGGAGGCCCGAAUCGAAGCCAGCCUGCAGCAUGAGAUCACCCGGCUCACCAACGAGAACCUGGAACUCAUGGCCGACGACCCUACCGCAUCCAGAGAGGCUCGAGUCAUCAUUUUACGACGGAUGGUUGAUCUGAUGGAGCAGCUGGAGAAGCAGGAUCGAACCAUUCGCAAACUCAAGAAGCAGCUGAAGGUUUAUUCCAAGAGGAUCGGAGAGAUGGGCGCGGGUCAAACGGAAGGACAGACGUCUCCGGGACAGAUGGUGGAGGAGCCCAUCCAUCCUGUGAACAUUCCCCGCAGGGAGAAGGACUUCCAGGGAAUGUUGGAGUACAAGAAGGAGGAUGAAAUGAAGCUGGUUAAGAACCUAAUUCUGGAGCUGAAACCUCGCGGCGUGGCUGUAAAUCUGAUCCCAGGUCUGCCAGCCUACAUCCUGUUCAUGUGUCUGAGACACGCAGACUACGUCAACGAUGACCAGAAAGUUCGCACUCUGCUCACGUCAACCAUUAACAGUAUCAAGAAGAUCCUCAAGAAACGUGGAGAUGACUUUGAGACGGUCUCGUUCUGGUUGGCCAACACCUGCCGCUUCCUGCACUGUCUGAAACAAUACAGCGGAGAGCAGGCUUUUAUGAAGCACAACUCGGUGAGGCAGAAUGAGCAUUGUCUGUCCAACUUUGACCUGGCAGAGUACAGGCAGGUGAUCAGUGACCUGGCCAUUCAGAUCUACCAGCAGCUGGUUAAAUGCAUGGAGAACAUCCUCCAGCCAAUGAUAGUAUGUGGGAUGCUGGAACAUGAGACCAUUCAGGGCGUGUCCGGAGUGAAGCCCACAGGCCUCCGUAAGCGAACGUCCAGUAUCGCCGACGAAGGCACCUACACCCUGGACUCCAUUGUGCGGCAGCUCAGCGCCUUCCACUCCACCAUGUGUCAGCACGGCACCGACCCCGAGCUCAUCAAGCAGGUGGUGAAGCAGCUGUUCUACAUCAUCGGUGCCGUCACCCUAAACAACCUGCUGCUGCGCAAGGACAUGUGCUCCUGGAGCAAAGGCAUGCAGAUCAGGUACAACGUGAGCCAGCUGGAGGAGUGGCUAAGAGACAAAGGCUUGAUGAACUGCGGAGCCAAAGAGACCCUGGAGCCUCUGAUCCAGGCUGCUCAGCUGCUGCAAGUGAAGAAGAAGACGGACGAAGACGCAGAGGCCAUCUGCACCAUGUGUCACGCUCUCACCACUGCUCAGAUUGUGAAGGUCUUGAACCUGUACACUCCCGUUAAUGAGUUUGAGGAGAGAGUUUCUGUGGCUUUCAUACGAACCAUCCAGACCCGUUUGCGAGACCGCUGUGAGAGUCCUCAGCUCUUAAUGGACACCAAAAUGAUUUACCCUGUCACCUUCCCGUUUAACCCAUCCUCCCUCGCCCUGGAAACCAUCCAGAUCCCCACCUCUCUGAACCUGGGCUUCCUCACCAGAGUCUAAGCUAAGCCCAAUCCCUGCAGCUGCCACCUAUAAGAUCGUCCACAUUUUCUUUUAUAGUGCUCUGAUACAAUAUGAAUAAACAUUUCUGUCCAAAAGCUGAAGUGCUCACACAUCUUUAUCACUUUCUAGAUAAGCGUUACCUUCUCCAGCACACUGCUCGCCCCCAUAGGCUCUGUUAAACGCUUGUAGAAACAUCUGCCGCUAAAGAAGCCAUAAGAUCCAGUCAGUUAAUCUGCAUCAGCAUCCAUCUCAGCCCUGAUCCUUCCUCUGUGUUUCCUCUCAUCAUUAAGGUAGCUAUCUUUCAGCAAUGAGAUAUUUAGCAAGUCAUCAAUUACUGUGACACGAUGAUGCAAAAACAGGUGAGUUUUACCGGUUUUAAUCCGCCUCUGAGCACCAGAGUCAGGCCAAGACAGUAAUAUGUUAUUUUAAGCAUAAAUAAAUCUUUAUGAAAAUAAAUAAUAUAUAUAUAUAUAUAUAUAUCCUGUAUUUUAUUUAUUGAACUUUUGUUGCCAGCCUCCCCUUUUGUUUUUUAGGAUUACUGGCAUUUCAGAACAAAAAUAAAACAGACCAUCAGGACAAGCUAAACGGCUUAACGUUAGCUUCACUGACAGACAGAAUAUUUAUGUCAUAACUGGUAUGUUAUAUAGUUUAAGGGUACAGCACUGAUUUUAAAGCGUUAUGUCUUGAACGUAGAUAUUUAAUGUGUUUCUGGCAGAGGAGCGUCUAUAGAGAACCCAUUAAGGCUACGAUGAGGUCUACUGUUUACAGCUUUGACCAGAACCAAGGAAAUAAACCAUGGACAGUUAUCUACGGAGGGCCUGAGGGGCCACAAUGUAAAUAAAAAGGUUAUUUAAAAAGGUUAUAUAUUUUAGAGAUAAUUCAUUCAUUCUUAGGUUUUUCCCAAUUGCUACAAAAUGCAAAAUCAGAUUAUUAAAAGUGAAAUUUCUUAAUUAUUUGUUAAUUAUUAUUAUUCAGGGCAGUACUUGCUUUGCUCACUGGAUUUUAAGUAGAAAAAAAAUCUGCAGAAACAACCAUGAAAUCACUAAUAAAGUGAAAUAAUUGAAUGUUUUUCAAAAAUUAAAAACAACUAGGAAUUGGCAUGUUUAAUAUAUUUAAUAUCAAUAUUUUUUCUUUCUUUUGAGAAACGAGAACCGAUGAGUUCAGUGACUUAUUAUCUUUAUUGUGUCCAUGUUGGACCUCCGUAGACCACAUUCACAAACAUUGCAGGAAAAGCACAGAUCUGUGCGCACAACCGUACACCUAGCUUAGUAGUUUCUCAUUACUUUCUUCUGGUCAGGGCCUUGGAAAAUGUUCCGUUAUCUUUCUGUGCUUAUUUAUUUCAGUAUUGCCAUGUUUGCAAUUGUUUGUAUUACAAAGCCAUGUAUUACUAAGCAGAAUGAAUGGAAGAGAUUUUUUUUUCUAUGUUUUUGCAGAAAUUGCUCCAGAUCUGUUCUGCUUAUGUCCCACCUUUGCCUUCCUGUUUUUGUAACACAACAUGGGCAUUUGUCACCAAAAGCCACCAGAUAUGGAAGCGAUCUAGUUUUAACUGCUGUCUCAGCUCCUAUCCAUUGGCUUUGCUUCAGAUAUCUUGACAUAUUUGUUACUUUAGCCUAGCAUUGUAGAAACAAUUUGGCAUUAAAGUUUUGGAACUUCAUCAUGGUCUGAAAUUCACUGCAGGAUUGUCGCAUUCUCUGAUCCAUUCCCGCAAAUCCAUUUUUUAUAAUUCGGGAAAAUCUCUGUUUUAAAAAAUCAUGGGGAUGUUUUGCUACUAACAUGGACGUUUUAGAAGCGGAUGGAGGUGAGUAGAGUUGCGGUAAAAAAAUAUAUUACAGAAUAUACAAUCUAAUAUUUUUCGUCAGCAGGUUUUAACAUUUCUAGUUAAUUUGGGUAUUUAUAAACUUUUUUUCAGUUCAUAAAAAAUUUUCCAGCUUGUUUUUGUUUUUACCUUUGGAGUUUACCUCCAUUGAUAUUUAUGCAGAAUGUCUGCAGAAGUGAUGACAGCUUGCAGGGACUGUCUGUCUCCCCCAAAAAACUCCUGGAGCUUUUCUGAUUGGUUGAUGUUCCGACGUCCAGCGGCAAAAGUUCAAUUUGCUGAACUCCAGCGUCGGAUGCUCAGAGACUCGGAUGCUCCGAUGUCUGAACGCUGGACGCCAGAAAGCUCGAAAUGUGCAGCUGGACCCCUAGACGCUGUCCUCCAUAGACUUUGCCUCCGGUGUGAAUGUAGCUUUAGAGCACAUUGGUUUUAAUGUUUAAUGUUUUACUUAUAAAAUAUUCCAAAUAAAGAUCGCUGGCUAAAACGCAAAUCUAGGGUCGUAUCAACAAAGGAACCGACUUUGAAAAAAAAAAUACACAAAUCAAAACCAGUGCCAGACCCAGUGAUCUCAGAAAACAAAAUGGCCAAAACAAAAUUUUGCAUUGGAUGCAUUUAUCUGAGGUAAGAAUAUAUAAAGCAGGGAAGGUAACUUUAAAGUUUCCUCCCUAGAAUGUUUUCCAUCCUAAACGGUAUGUUCUUACUUUUACCCUACAGUAAAGAGAGAAAAAGAGAGCAAGCAAGGAAAGAGCAAGAGACAGUAGCUGAAACAACAGCUAGGAAGACAAAAGGUGGAAAAUGAAAGUGACGUAUUUGAAGUUUGAUUAGCACAGCGUAAGAUUAACUAAUAAAUGUAUAAAUCCCCCUGACUCUCAAGCAUUUUAAAGGUGAAUUUCAGGCUUUGUUCAUUGGUGUAAACAGCAUUGAUUUGGCUUUAAAGACAUCACCAGAUUAAAAAAUGAGUCUGCAUGAGAGUAGACUAGUCCCAGGAAAUCUGCCCAUGUUGUGACAAAGACUUUUUGUCUUCCUCAGCUCUGUCUUUUCUGCCUUCUGUUCUGCACUUUGAUCUUUCUUCCUGUUGUGCACUUAGUAUUUAAAAUGAGCCUGUUCUCCUCUGAUCACUAUUACACCAAAAACCCAGGCUUUAUCAGAUACUGUUUAUGUUUGAAGGAUUUAUUUCUUUGUUGGAACUGGAAUUUAUUUCUUUUAAAAUGGACACAAAAAGGUGGAGAAAGCUAAGUAAACCAGAUUAUUUAUAAGGUUUGUCUUGAUUAAAGAGGGAGUGACAUUUAGAGAUGCACCAAUCAAACGGCUCAUGUAUCACGGCCUUCCUAAUCAGUGAUAAUAAACGCAUCAAAACCCUAAACUACCACAAUUUUGAAGCAUAAAUAAAUGCAUCCAUCAACAGCAUUUACUUUAAUGCAAUUUUUUAUCUUGAGAGAAAUGAAUUAGGGGUGGGGUUUUGCUUUGAUGCAUUAAAAAAAACAAUAUUUUAUUAGAUAAAAUGCUUAGAAGAAAGAUCCCAAAUGUUGGCCUUAAAACGUCAGAUUGGUGCAUCCUCAGUGGCGUUAUCUCCCAGCCUCCUGCUCUCACUGGGACCAUAUUUCAUCGUUCAGUCUGUGUUUAUUGGCUUGUGCCAACAGUAGUUAUCUGUUGUUUGGAGCGGACGGUAAUGAAGGACUUAGUUUACCAUUUGAAUGUCAAUGUUCAACAAGCGUGUCAUGAUUUUAGCUGCACAUUGUAGAGAAGCCUUAUCUGACUAACUCAUUAUGUGAAUGACUUGCACAUGCUGUCACCAUACAGGAUUUUUGUGUUCUCUCACUGUUAAACCAGUAGAAAAUGUAAAAAAAAAAAAAAAAAAA